AUGUCGGCCGUAGGACCCACCAACGCCGCGCCUGCGGUGGACCGCGAGGAGGAGACUGUUCCGGCCGCAACACCGACCAACGCUGCCGCAACGCCAGGCCGAGAGGACGACGCGGUCCCGGCCGCAACACCGACCAACGCUGCCGCGACGCCUGGUCGCGAGGAAGAAGCGGCGCCUGUCGCAACACCCGCCAACGCUGCUGCAACCGAGGAAGAAGCGGUUUCUGUCGCAACACCCGCCACCGUUGCUGCGACGCCUGGUCGUGAGGAAGAAGCUUCUCCGGUCGCAACACCCACCAACGCCGCGCCUGCGCUGGAUCAUGAAGAACAAAUUGUCCCCGAUGAAAAUCCCUUCGAUGACACUGCAUCCGAAAGAGGAGAAAGUACGAGCGAGUCCACCCAAAGUGUUACAGCCUCAAUCUUCAACUACCGUCAAGAAAACGGGAGAACCUACCACGCCUACAAAGACGGCAAAUACACCCUGCCUAACGAUGAGAGGGAAAUCGACCGACUGGAUUUACAACACAAUCUUUUCCUCAUCACGUUCGAUGACCGACUUGGAAACGCGCCGCCCAACGAUCCGGGUGCUAAGGUGGGACGCGUGCUCGACGUAGGCACCGGCACCGGCAUCUGGGCAUGUGAGUUUGGCGACGAGCACCCGGAGGCGGAAGUGCUCGGUUUUGAUCUCUCCGCUACAUUCCCAUCAUUUACUCCACCCAACGUUAAAUUUGAGGUGGAUGACUUGGAGGAACCCUGGAUCUAUUCACGGAAGUUCGACUACAUUCACAGCAGAAUGAUGAACGGCUGUAUCGCAGACUGGGAUGCCUACGCGAGAAAGUGUUUUGACAAUCUCAACCCCGGCGGAUGGCUCGAAAUCAACGAGAUCUCUUUGAUGCCGAAAAGCGAUGACGGCACUCUCAAGGACGACGCCAUGAUCUUCAAAAUGGCCAAGCUGGUGAGAGAGGCAACUAUCCAAUUUGGCCGCGUCGCCACCGACAUGGAGGACAUUAAGGAGGUCCUGAUCCGAGCGGGCUAUGUUGAUGUUAGAGUCCUGAAGUUUAAGUGGCCCACGAAUAUGUGGCCCAAGGAUGCGAGAUACAAGGAGAUUGCCAAGUGGUCUCAGGAAAAUAUCUUGGCAGGCUGGGAGCCGUUAUGCCUGGCGACAAUCACCAGAGCCCACGGCUGGACGAAGGAGGAGGUACUGGUUGGGACCAUGCACUGCCGCAAUGAGUUCAACGACAGGAGCAUUCACGCGUAUUAUCCCGUCGUCUCGUCGUCAAAUGUGAGUCUUGCCGCGGAUGUCAUGGACUAUCGAAUGGAGAAUGGAAGGACAUACCAUGGGUAUAAAGAAGGCAAAUACAACCUGCCUAACGAUGAGACGGAGAACGACAGGCUUGAGCUCCAGCAUAACCUGUUCUUGCUCACUUUUAACGACCAACUGGGCAACGCUCCCCCAAAUAACAAGGAUGCCAAAGUUGGGCGAGUCUUGGAUAUCGGAACAGGAACAGGUCUCUGGGCUGUCGAUUUCGGCGACGAACAUCCGGAGGCUGAAGUCCUUGGCGUUGACCUUUCAGCCACAUUCAUUAACCCACCGCCUAACGUCAGCUUUGAGGUUGAUGAUAUUGAAGAGCCUUGGACGUACUUUCUAAAGUUCGACUACAUCCACAGCAGAAUGAUGAAUGGCUGUAUUAAUGACUGGGAGGAAUACGCUGCGAAGUGCUUCGACAACCUCAGCCCCGGUGGAUGGGUUGAGUUCAUCGAAACUCCUCUCAAGCCCCAGAGCGACGAUGGUACGCUCCCGGAAGAUGCACAGAUUCUGGUGAUUGCAGAUCUCAUUCAGGAGGCUUCAGAAAAGGCCGGACGACCCACUAUGAAACCGGACAAGUUUCAAAGCAUAUUGAGUAGGGCUGGGUUUGUCGAUAUCAAAGUGCUAAAAUACAAGUGGCCCACAAAUGCGUGGCCGAGGACGAGGAGAUUCAAGGAAAUUGGCACAUGGAGCCACGAGAAUAUUGUAUCUGGUUGGGAUGGCCUCUGCUUGACAAUAUUGACGAGGGCAUAUGGGUGGACAAAAGAAGAGGUAGAUGUCUCCAACGAGUUGUGCCGAAGAGAGUUCAUGGAUAAGACCAUUCAUGCAUACUGGCCACUGUACUCGGUGUAUGGUCGGAAGCCUUUGGAUGCGGAGUAG